UAUAUACAGUAAAUUGAUUUAUCUGAUUGAACUGAGAAAACUGAAUGAAAUCGUUGAACCCAUUCGAACUGUGCACUGAAGAUUUCACCUGUCAAUCAUACAAAACCAAAAUAAAGUAUUUGUUUGCAUUGCAUUAAUUGUCAUUCCGGCUGGUUUUAAUCACCUAUCUUCGGCAGGGUGAAAAAAUUUGUAGAUUUUGUUUGGAUUUGAUUAACAAGGCAGUAGGCAGUAUUUGUAGCUUGACAUCAAACUUUAAAGGUGAAUAAAAAUCACCGUUUUGAGAAUGGCUCGAACAAACGUCAGAGGUGUUUAAAAUUUCCUUUCCCCCCUCUCUAAUAUCACCAUGGUUCAGUUAUCCAACAUUAUAUUUAAGCAAGAAUCUAAAAAAGAGUAUGAAGACUUAAAAAGCUCUUUAAUUUCACUUAAAGGUACUGGUCUUAAAUUAGGUUUGUGCGAAAAGGAAAUCGAGUCACUUAUAGAAUCGAGAAUUAAUAAACAUUUCAAUAACAAAAAGCCAACAUCUUGUUACAAAUUUUUUUUAAAUUUUAAUUUUGCUUUGUUUUUAUUAAUAAUAGUAACAAUAUCAUCUAUUGUUUUAAACGGCAGAGAGUUUGAACUGAAUCGAUGCAUUAUAGAAAAUAAUUAUUUAGUUAUGGAAGUUACUAGACCUAUAACUAAUUGUAACAUAUGUAGAGGCAUUAACAGUUUUACAAUUCUUGAAAAUGUAACUAAAGAUAUUUUUGCCAAAUAUGCUUACUUGUCACAUCCUUUAUUAGCUAAAGGAGGCUGUAGAGAUUGGACAGCUUUAGAUGUAUUUAACUAUGAUUUUUUUAAAAAUUUAUACUCCACUAUUGAAGGUGCUCAUAGAAGUGUUGAAGAAGAAUGCCAAUUUUUUCCAUUUAGAACUACUUUUUUGAGUCUUAAAGAAGUGUUCAAUAUGAGCGAAGCAAGAGCAAAAAUGAGUUCAAAAAAUGAAAAAACUUGGUACAUAGGAUGGAGUAACUGCAAUCCAGAUGUCUCUGCUGUUCUUCGUCAACAUUAUUCUAAACCCUACUUUUUACCUGAUGAUUCCGAGCUAAGUGCAAUUGAUUGGAUCUUCAUGGGCUAUAAAGGAACUGGCGCCAGCAUGCAUUUAGACUAUGUUCGAAGACCAUCGUGGCAAGCACAGAUUCGAGGGAAAAAAACUUGGUAUCUUCUUCCGCCUCCAGAAUGUGAAGAUGUCUGUUCACCUAUGAAUAUAACUGUCAAUCGAGGAGACAUAAUUCUUGUUGAUACCAAUCAAUGGUACCACACAACAGUUAUUGAAGGAGAAGAAAUGAGUGUCACGCUAGGCUCAGAAUAUGAUUAGUUUCCUGCACUGGUCUAAAAACUUCUGAAAAUAUGUGAAUAACAUUACCUUUUGAUAAAUUAUAAGUAUUCUCCUCUGAUGUCACGAUAAGUUCUCAUUCAGAAUACUCUUCAAUUUUUAAGUUUUGUCUUCAGAUCAUCAAGAACGAUCUCUUGAUGCCAUCUGUACCCAUUAGUGUAGCAAAAUGAAAGAGUGCCCAAAAUUAACCAAAUGAAAUUUUAAAAGUUGUCUCAAAACAACUUUUUUCAAAACACAUUAAAAGAAUACAUAUUUUAAGGAGUUAUUAAAUUAGUUCUGAAAUUUAAUAGGUAUGCCUUAUAUAUUUAAUGUAUAAAUUAAUCAAGUUACACCUUAGGAAGCUUUUUCCAGCUUUGUGUGAAAAUUUCAUCAUGAUAUGAAGUUAAUUAUACAGUACAGAACCCGUUAUCCGGAAAUCAGAAAACCGAAAAACCGGAACGAAAUUCGAUACAUUUUCCCGCUAUUUAAAAAAACAAAAUUUUUCUUACUCAUAAGAUUUUAGGAUUUUUCUUUCUUUUUUGAAAGAUGUUUACCUUACCAUCAUUUUAGAAAUAAUCAUUAGUGUAUUAAUUCAUCGUUUUUAAGAUUAUUUCUAAAUAUUUUUCUAAUUUUUGUUGGGUUUAACAAUAAAAAAACCGCUUUUUGUAGCGAAUCAGAAAAAUCAGUUUUCCGGAAUAGCGAUGGUCCCGAUCAUUCCGGAUAAUCGGUUCCCUACUGUAUUAUUUUUUUAACUCAAUACACCAGGUAAAGGUUUAUUUCCGCAGCCUGAAAUAUUCUAUUCUGGAUUAGUAUGAACCAAAAACUUGGUAACAUAAUUAUCCUAGUACAUAAUGAAGUGCCUUAAUAUUUUACUAUGUGCUGAAGUUAAUAAAAAUUUUUUAACAUGAAA